GUAGCCGUGCCGUGCCUGAAGCCAGCCCUGAGUGGAGCCUGUCUUCCCACAGCUUCAGUAGCGGAUCUAUCUGGAAAGCACUACACUUAACUGUCAAUUAAAGAGGCCAUCUUCUCUUAUUUUCGAGGACUAAUUUUCAUCAUGGGCGAUAAAAAGAGCCCCACAAGGCCAAAAAGACAAGCCAAGCAGACCGCUGACGAAGGCUACUGGGACUGUAGCGUCUGCACCUUCAAGAACACUGCCGAGGCAUUUAAAUGCAGCAUCUGCGAUGUGAGGAAGGGCACAUCCACAAGGAAACCAAGGAUCAACUCCCAGCUUGUUGCUCAGCAGGUGGCUCAGCAGUAUCCAAUGCCCCCCCCACCAAAGAAGGAGCGAAGGGAGAGGAGCGAACGAUUAGACAAGGAGCGCCUAGACUGCGAAGGGGAGCCAACCAACGAAGAAGGGCGUCCAGAGAUCGAGCGUCCAGAGGGAGACAGGCCAGAGGUAGACACUCCUGUAAAGGAAAAGAGUGACAAGGAACAGCCAAUCAAAGACAAGCCUGAUACAGAGAAAGAUAUCAGCCCAGCUGUUACAAAGAAGCCUUACAGCAAAAAGACAAGAGAGCCAUCCCUGACACACCAAGGAGAUCGUCAACCGUCGGUCCAACGGCCCAAAUCAGACCAUCAAAGCCCUACCAGUGACAAACACAGCAUACUAUUGGGAAAAUCUGCAACCAAAACCAACAAGAACUCUUACAUUUCCAGGCCCAAAUUGAAGAACAUUGACAGGAGCACCGCUCAGCAGUUGGCUAUUACUGUAGGGAAUGUGACAGUGAUCAUAACAGACUUUAAGGAGAAGAGCCGUUCUUCCUCCACGUCCUCAUCCACCAUUACAUCCAGUGUGGGCUCUGAACAACAGCACCAGAGCUCUGGCUCAGAAAGUAUAGACAAGGGCUCUUCACGUGCCUCAACACCUAAAGGCGAUCUCUCUUUGGGGCAUGAUGAGUCAUUCUGAAGCUCCCAGCCCUCCUCCCUCACCCUGCAUCACGUUUUUUCUUUUUCCACACUUCUGGACAUAUGUAGGGGGAGAGAUACCGCUCCCAUUGCUGCCCUGCCUUCAAUCCAUGACCAACCCUGGAUGCUGACAGUAGCUGGCUGCCCUAAGAGGAACAGUGCAGUACAUUUGCCAGAGAAACAAGCACCAAGCUUGGGGAAAUUCUGUCAUGGUUACACCCAUGACACAGGCAAGGAGAGUUAGGCGAAAAUAAAUAACGCCUCCAUAUCCAAACUACCUUGCAGUAGCACCCGAACACAUGUAUGUUAUGUUUUAUAUUUGUAUGUGGAUGUGAGGCCAAGUUGACAUUUUUUUGGUAAAGAGGAAUUCUUUGCUGGGCACAAUAACCAACAUCAUUUAUACGACUUUUAACUAUUAUUACUCUUAUUUAUUACCUGUUGCACCUGUAUAUUUUGAUGUUCUCCUUUUUAUGUUUAAGCUUUGCUGUGCAGCACUGCUGAUCGUUCAUCUCGUCAAUGUUUUUAUUACAUUCUAGAAAAGAUAGGACAAGACUAAAGUCUGACAGACACAUCUUACAUACACACUGGUGCUAGAUACACUGUGAAGCUUUUUUGUAGACCUGGGAUUUUGCAUACACAUUCACUCAGCGUGACAAAGUGUUGAUGAAUCUUAUUCUCAUUCACUUUGCUCAACAGCACUGUCUCAUUCUGAAAUUUUCAGGUCCUCAGAUAUCUGUUCUCUUGUUUUGUACAGGUCAAUGUGCAUCAAAAGACUGUCACCUGAGGCAUACAUAUCUGAAUUUUCAACUAGAUUUUCAUUGAUUUAGUAUGCUACAGCAGAUCUCCUAUACAGUAUAUGAUGUCCUUAACUUUACAGUGUAGGCUAUUAUGUAAAACACUAAUAGCUGUUAUGUUCUGCAUUCCAUGCUAACAUAUUGAGUUUACAGGCUGAAGUUACUUGAGCUGGUUGUUCUGUUGUGACUGAAGAAUGGAUACAUACAGUUCCACUUGGUAAAUCCAUGUCAAACUGUUCAAAGGCAAGUUGUCUCAAAUUGUAGAGAAUCCAUUUUUCGAUUGUUAAACACAACUUAAAUGCCUUACUUGAAAAAAAAAAAGCAACCAUCAAACAAUUUAGCACAGAAUGAUAAUUCAAUUGACUUAAAAAUGUUUGCUGUUUAAGACUGGAGUCUUCAGUUAUAUUUUAAGUAGUAAAUAGAAUAAUUUUUCUUCAAUUUUUACAACAGCAAGACAUAUUAAAGGGAUUGAAUUCACUUUUCAUCAUAACGGAUACUAGACCGACCUAAUUUCCUUUUAAAUGUAUGAAAAUGUAUAAAGAAUAAAUGUGUAUAUGAUAUCUUAGUUUUAUUUAUUGAAGGACCAAAGGAAUUUCAUAUUGACAUGCUAAAUAGAUAACAAUUUGAAAUGCCAUUAUCGUAUGUAUGAGAUGAAUAUCAACUUAAAUAAAGACUAAUAUAAUCCAUGUAAA